UUUGUAGAUGAUCGGACCCGAAAGGCGGGUUACUAAACUUGUAUACAAUUUUGUGGUUCCACAGAUACAAUUAGAACUUCGACAACGAAGUAAAUAUGUCUCCAAUGUCUCAGUUCCAGAUAGGCCAAGAAGUAGAAGUCUUAGAUGAUGAGACUGGUGUCUGGAGAGCUGCCACAAUCACUGGAAUAAACCUUUCUACAAAUGGUAAUCGUUACGGUGUACAUUAUCGAGGAUGGCAGCCAAAACACGAUACUUUUAAAUUUCAAGAUUGCAUUCGAAACGCUACACAAGUGGAGAAUUUGGGAAAGCGACAACCAAAGAGGAAGAGUCUGAGUGAGCUCCCUAGUUCUUAUAAGCGACUUCACACAAUUAAGCCUGAACAUCUGACGGAAGGUGAUGUUGUUUAUUUCAUGAUAGGUUCAGAACAAUAUCAAGGUAAUGUUAUUGUUAACGACCCGUUUCUGAAAACAUUGAAUGUGUCAUAUGACACUAGUAGAGGCUCCGGAGAUGUUAAUAUUGUUGAUGUAACUAUCGGAUAUAGUGACGUUGUCGAUUUCAAAGAACAGGAUAGGGCUAACCCCGAACAACCGAAAGCCAAAUUAAGCACUGCACGGAAGCCAAAAAGAUGUAAUCGUGUUGGUAAAACAAACCAUAUCUGGACAGACAACACAUGUUCGACAGAUAGUGCAAAUAUCCCAAAUAAUAAUCAUGAAGAGGAAAUUACACACUGUAUUUUUAAGGACGAAAUAGUUUCAAUCGGCUCGUUCCUUGCAACCACAGAUAAUGAUAUACACCACUUUGUAACCUCUAUGGUAAUAGGAAGUAACGGGUCUAUUAAGGCGACAGGAUACAAAGUAAGAAAACUGGGCACAGACAACUUAUUGAUGAUAGGCUCAUUCAGCAAUGGUCUUGAUAACCCAAAGAUAAUUAAACCUAAACUAAAUGCUAAAUGGAUUGAACGCCGGCGCAGUACGCAACGAGCAGCAGAAGAACGCGUGAAAACGCUUUUGUCAGUAAAAACGUCAACGUAUGAGCAACGGAAAGCUUCAUUAAGGACGUCGAUACGGCAGGAAGUUCAACGGAGCUUGUCAUCCAAGAAGCGUCAAGCACGAUUCCGCGUCUUGUACGAGCAAGGCAUUGAUGCCAAAUUAUUUGGCCUAAAUGCUGGCAACAUGUUCCGCGAAGAAUAUUCACCGGAAAGCUUUCAUCAACUAGACUCCCUCCUCGGCAGUGGUUGGGACUACCGUAUGAAAAAAGACAGCGAUAGGUAUUCGUUUGUAUCGCGUUUCGAUAUAAAGCUUAUUAUAGAGGAAAGAUGUAUGGAAAUUGUUGCCCACUUAUGCAAUAUUUCCACACAAGGCUGGAGUGAAGACUACCGUUCUCACGUGUUACAAGAAGUCGUAAAUGCAAAUCAACCUAUUUAAAAUCAUGACAACUUUAACUGUAAAUAUUGUAUUGUAAUGUAUUGUUAUAUAUUUUAUCGGCAAUGUUUUAUUAAGUAUGUAAUUGGUUUUUUUUCUUGAAAGUAUCAAAUUUAUUAUGCCGUGGCUGGGAUACAACACCAUACCUUAAAUUUUGUUUAUUGAAAGUAGGCUGAUGUAAUUUACCUCCAAAUAAGGACAUUGGCAUUGGUCUACGAUCAUUUCACCAGCCUAUCGUUUUAUUCAGAAAUAGCACCUGCAGUAUACAGACUUUUAAAACCACGAUUUUCUUAUUUUAGUUUUAAUAAUUUAAAUAAUGAAAUGUUUCAAACAACACUAAAGUCGAUUGAUAUACUUGUGAAAAAAAAUAUUUUUAUUUAACAUGUUUGUUAACAACAUGUACUUCACUAAACCUGUUAAAAAUAAUAUUUAAGAUUUAUAGUUAAGGAUUAAAAAAAAACACGAAUUAGACUUGAGUGUAACAAAA